AUGGCAGCCGGCAAAGCGUCCUUGGUGGCGCUUGUACUUAAGUUUCAUGUGAAAAAUAAACUGCUAUCGAAGUCAACUUGCUUUAGUGUCACCAGCUGUAUUAGAAGAGAGUUUGCUGCAAAUGUGUUUUCUACGACCGUUGAAGAGCCCAGUUCCACAUCCCUUCGAAACAAUAGUUUUAGUGGACCUCUGGAAUAUUACGACAGUCUUAUUCGAGAUGGAGUGUUACGAGAAGAUCUACAGCAAAAGGCUGUCAUGCAAAAACUGGAUCAGAUGCAAAAGGAAGUUAGAGGCUACAGCAACGAACGCUCAUCGUUUUUUUCAAAGUUCUUCUCCAAGCAAAAGCCACCAAAAGGUUACUACAUCUAUGGGGAUGUUGGUACGGGGAAAACUAUGGUUAUGGACAUGUUUUAUAAUCAUGUAGAGACGGAGAAGAAAAAGAGGGUCCAUUUUCAUGGUUUCAUGUUGGAUGUGCAUAAACGAAUCCAUCGUCUCAAGCAGAGCAUGCCCAAGAGAAAAGUGGGUAAAAUGGCAAAAGCGUAUGAUCCUAUUGCUCCGGUCGCUGAAGAAAUCAGUGAAGAGGCCUGUCUUCUGUGUUUUGAUGAAUUUCAGGUCACCGAUAUUGCAGAUGCAAUGAUUCUGAAGCAGCUCUUUGAAAACCUCUUCCUAAAUGGGGUUGUAGUUGUUGCCACGUCUAAUCGUCCUCCAGAUGAUCUGUACAAAAACGGAUUACAGAGGGUGAACUUUGUGCCAUUCAUAGCUGUGCUAAAGGAAUAUUGCAACACACUGCGUCUGGAUUCUGGAAUAGAUUAUCGGAGAAGAAAUCGCCCUGCAGCCGGAAAACUGUUCUACCUCUCCAGUGAACCCAGUGUUGAUGCGACACUCGAUAAGCUGUUUGAUGAGCUUGCCUUCAAACAGAAUGACAUUACCCGUUCCAGAUCUCUAAAGGUACACGGCAGGAUACUGACACUAAAUAAAGCUUGUGGGACCAUUGCAGACUGCACCUUCGAGGAGCUGUGUGACCGGCCUAUAGGAGCCAGCGACUACCUGGAGAUCUCUUCUGUAUUUGACACUGUUUUCAUUCGCAACAUUCCUUUGCUCACUUCAAAUAAGAAGACCCAGGCCAGACGCUUCAUUACUCUAAUUGAUGCACUCUAUGAGCACAAGGUUCGAGUGGUGCUGCAGGCAGAAGUUCUGUUAGAUGAACUGUUUGUGCAUGACCAACACGGUCAAGACGAUCACCACGACACUCAUGUUUUAUUGGAUGAUUUGGGCGUCUCAAAGGAUGCACGGAGCUCACUUGCGAUCUUCACGGGUGAGGAGGAGGUGUUUGCCUUCCAAAGGACAUUGUCUCGCCUUACAGAGAUGCAGACAGAGGAGUACUGGAUUGCAGGGGAGAGGAGUUCCAAGUAGCUUUUAUCACCACCAACUCCAUAUACAGCUGUCAUUUUAACUAUAUAUGACUCCUCAUUGAAGGCCUUGGGAUCAACUCUGUUUUAAUUUGGAAUGGACUGUAUUUAAAUCAGACUACUGCUGCACUUUACAAACGCAUAUGCAAAUAUAAACAUGAUACUAGCCUCUUUUUAAGUUUGCUUGCGGGACGUUGGGCAGGUUUGUUGAAGAAUCUGGAUCCGGAUCUGCAAAAGAUGUAUUUUAAAAUCAGGCGGCCUUUUAUGACAAUGUAAAUGGAUUCAAAAGCUGAUAAACCACCUAUUUAACAAUGUUUGCAUUA